ACUCACCACGCGCCACUUGCCUGUACUCGACCACCCGACAUGUAUCGUCAGCUCGUCGCACAUGUUUGUCUGCUCGUCUAUGCCAGCGCGUAUGGAGACGACGGGCGACGCGCCGGCCCGGCAGCGGGCACGCUCAGCUCGGUGGGCUCGUUCGAGCGCUCGCCUCCGCUCUUCCGACCCGGCUCGCAGGCAUACGUGGUGUCGCAGUACAUAAAGCCGAAACCACCGCACCAGUACUGGGAGGAGGAGACGUCGCUGGCGCUGGUGCCGGAGACGCGCAACUGCCUGCUGUGCGAGGCGCAGGACUCCGGCGCCUGCCGCGCCAUGCCCUCCUGCGUCUACUGCGAACCCACAGUCACCGCAUUGUGCGAGCGCAGUACGCCCUGCCUGCGCUGCACCGUGAUCAAGAACCCGUUCUUCAAAUGCAUCCCCGGCGAGAAGUACAUGGACGAAUGCGACUCGUGCCGUUGCACCGACGGCCACGGCGGCUGGUGUACCAACCAGUUCUGCGAGUUCCGCGCCCUCCACCUCUACGCUAUCAAACUCUCCGACGGCGAGUUCUACUGACACCCACUAUGUAUCAUCAAACAUCCUGACAUACUGAUUGCAUUGUGAUCUUACAAGAUUGCAGUAAAAUUUUA